CUGUUUUCGCUCUGUAAAUACAAAAACAAAAAAUAAAAUUAACAAAAAAAUUUGUAUACUCAGUCUGAGUAUUUCUGUGAGAUAUUUGUCAUCUUUCGUUCUGUUUGGAAAUCGGAAAAUAAAUCGCAGAAGACUGAAGGGAGUCAACCCACAACUUUGAAAAAUAAGAGACCGACACAGCAACUAAAAUUCAAUUGUACAGGAAAAUGGAAACCGUCAAACAAACCGCCAAGAUGAAUGAGAAAAUAUUGUGCCACAAGUGCCGCGGUGCCAUUAACAAGCGGAUGAUCACUGCUUUGGGCAGGACCUGGCAUCCGGAACACUUCAAUUGCCGCCACUGCGAUACGCCGAUUGACGACGCCGCCUUCAACAUCCAGGAGGGAGAGCCCGUCUGCUCCGAGUGCUUCAAGAGGCUGUACACCCACAACUGUGCCGGCUGCAAGCAGCCGAUCUUGGAGCGCACAGUCGUGGCCAUGGGCGAGAACUGGCAUGAGGAAUGCUUCUGCUGUGAUGGGGCCUGCAAGAAGCCGCUGGCCAGCCAGCCUUUCUUCGAGCGGGAAGGAAAACCCUACUGCAAGCAGGACUUCGAGACCCUCUUCGCCACCAAGUGUGCCAGGUGCGAGAAGCCCAUCACCGAUAAGGCCGUCGUCGCCAUGGACAACAAGUGGCACCGCGACUGCUUCCGCUGCACUCGCUGCAGCAAUCCCAUUACCACGACGAGCUUCACCAUCAUAGCGGACAAGCCGAUCUGUCCCGGCUGCCUGUAAUGAGCAUUGAAUUGAUCAACCAAGGAUGCAUCCACAUUGCGCACACACCUCACAUAAGCGGAUUGAAAUUGCUGCACACGCUCAACAAUAACAAUAGCAAUGCAUUUAUAGUUUAAUGUUCGUUUCAGAGUUGAACAAUUUGAAAUUAUAAAUGCUUGCAUCUUCACACUCAUUGAAGGCUGCUGCUGGCAAAAUACAAACAAACA